AUGGAUCAAUAUGAGGUACUAGGAUCGUCCGGAAAGAGACCUAAAACAAGUCGCACCCCAGCCGUAGUAAGCAAAAUGCGAUGUUUUGCAACAAAACCAGAGUUGGUUGUGGGUACUAUAGAACCAGAGUUGGUUGUGGGUACUAUAGAACCAGAGUUGGUUGUGGAUAUUAUAGAACCAGAGUUGGUUGUAAGUACUAUAGAACCAGAGUUGGUUGUGGGUACUAUAGAACCAGAAUUGGUUGUGAGUACUAUAGAACCAGAGUUGGUUGUGAGUACUAUAGAACCAGAGUUGGUUGCGGGUACUAUAGAACCAGAGUUGGUUGUGGGUACUAUAGAACCAGGGUUGGUUGUGGAUAUUAUAGAACCAAAGUUGAUUGUGGGUACUAUAGAACCAGAGUUGGUUGUGGGUACUGUAGAACCAGAGUUGGUUGUGGGUACUAUAGAACCAGAGUUGGUUGUGGGUACUAUAGAACCAGAGUUGGUUGUGGGUAUUAUAGAACCAAAGUAG